UAACGUAUCAAUGAAUCCCAUGUGAUUCCGUAACCUAGACAUUUAAAGUGGAGAUUGGAUAGGACCACAUGUGUUGCCUUGUAUGCUAGAAAUCAAUUUCAAAUAUUUAUAGUCUGAAAUCCAGCAGUACUAAACUGCAGUUAUUGAGUUUUUUGAAACACUUUAAAGAGAGUUAUGAGACUGACGACAUCAUUGAUUGUGGUAGUUGGCCAGCAGAUGCUCCUGAUAAGCAGUCUUACUGUUGAGCAAUCUUUCAUCACUAAUUUGAAAGCUCCAUUUUCCCUUUUAUCUUCACUAUUAUUCUUUUUGAUAUGUUCGUAGGGCAAAUACCAUGGAUGAUUUCUGGCUUGUUAUUGUUCUACUAUCAUACAUGUGCUUAACAGCAAUGGUGGCCUCAACGAAAUCUCCAGGAAUUCUUGUUCACUUUAAUCAAGUUCCGCCAUAUCAUUCCAGGUUCAGUAGUGCCAUUUUCAAGUACUCAGUCAUUAGAUUGAAUAGCUCUUAUCCAUGUAGCAUGAAUGAUUGUUCCUUCAUCUGCGAGGUCGAUGGCCAUAGUUUGGUAUCGUGUCCAGCUGAUGUUGUUGUACUAAAGAACUUGACAGUCAAUCAUUGGCACCAAUUUGGUCUAAAUGUCACAACUGCAUAUGGGGAGACUACUUCAUCAACUUAUAAAUGGUUUAUUGAUACAAUUCCACCUACGGCAACAAUAUAUGGUGAUCAGAAGUACACAAAUGCUGAGAAAGUAGCACUAGAGCUUACAUUCAGUGAGGCUUGUACCGGAAAUGGUGGUUUCAAGUGUUUGAACUCGUCACACUGUGACGUUAUUGUAAGUGGCCCAGCUCACGUGGAUGCUUCUUCUCUACAUAUCGUCAAACACAAUAUAAAAUACAGAUUUGAUGUUAUUUUAUCUUUAAAAGUAACUUACGAACUCAUUGUUAUCAAAACGGCAAAUCAUUUUUGUACAGACCGGGCAGGCAAUAAUUUCACCAGGACUGGUGGUUCCGUAUUCACACUUCAUCUAGAUAGAAGAGCAGUGCAAGUGGAUCUGUGGACAUCUGCUCCGUCCUACGAGUUGGAGUUUGAUGGGAUUCCAAGAACAGUUACCGCAACUAACAGAAUGGAAGAGUUAAAGUUUUUCCUGGACUUCAGUACUCCUAUCACAAAUUCAACAGAGCAGAUAUUAAAUGCAUUACAUCCAAAUUCAGGGGUCAUUGUACCUAUUCACAGUAGAGGUCAUGGCAACCGCAGCUUUGCCUUUGUACUGAAGAAUCUUUCCAGAACAGAAAUAAUUACCAUUGAAUUAGAAGAUGGUUCAGUACUUGGCAGAACAGGAACUCCUGUUUCACCUGUAGCCCCAUUAACAUUACUUUACGAUUCCACAGAGCCCUCUGUGUGGCUAACUACAAGCUCAGAAGGAGUUACAAAAGACCCCUACAUUAACUUAUUAAUUCACUUCACGAAACCAAUUUUUGGCUUUGAGGCUUCCACGGUAGAAGCACAAGGAGGAACUGUUAUCAGAUUUGAAGAAAUUUCAAAAGCUCUCUACUCCUCCACAGUCCUCGCAGAAUCACAGAAUGUGUCUGUCAUUGUUCCAGCAGGAAAGGUAUCUGAUAUAUCAGGAAAUCAUAAUUCAGUAUCCAAUCAACUCAAAGUCAAGCAUUCUUACACAGACUCGGCUCAUUCAACACCAGUUUUACUUCACUCGUUCAUGUCUGUGGGUAUAGUAGUAACAUCAGUAGCAGCUGCUUUUAUCUCGUUUUCAUCUACUAACCUAGCAGCAGUGGGUGCACUAGCUUCUGGGAGAAAAAGUAUGGAGUUUUACGAGCCAUGCACAAAUCUACAUGGAAUUGUAGGACACUUACAGGUGUUUGCUCUCUCAGACUGCCUUUCACUUACCUUGCCAGUAGAAUACUCUGCCACAACUAAAGGUCUUAGGUGGCUCAUUCCUCGCCAAAAGCUUCCUUGGACUAAGGAUCAUUCAGAACACGGGUAUAGUCAUUCUUAUCAAGCUGUAGCAAGACAUACUAGGAAAUCUGGUGACAGCACCAUUAAAUUACAUGCUGGUGAAGAAAUGGAGCAUUCUCUGGACUUGCAUCCUACCAACUUCUCUAAGUCUCUGCAUCAGGGGCUGCCACUCCCAGUAAAUAUUUACCCGAAGAGUAAUCGACCUGUUACACAUCAAAAUGUCACCAUAAAAAAUACUCCUUAUGGACUGACACUAAGUUCUGAUGAAUAUUACACUUAUUUCCUGCGAGAAGAACCCAUGUCUGCGAAUACUGUUCUCAAAAGAUUGGAGAGAUACACAGGGUGGCAAGACUUAGAGAUGAACUUAUUCUGGCUUGGUGUGGGAGGAGGUGGUCUAAUUACAAUCCACUGCUUAGUAUUAUUACUCGUAAGAUGGAGGUUUCAAACUUCAGUUAAUGAAAUACUUUCAGUUCUCAGGUUCGAGUUCAUCUUUAUAAUUCUCUCGAUUCCUUGUGUCUCUCAAUCUUCGGCAUUUGUCAUCAAAGGUGGUACAGCAGGAGGCAUACUCACUGGAGCAAUGCUGCUAGUCAUCCCUGGAGGUCUCAUCCUAUUAGCGAGCUUCUUCAUUGUGAUAGUAAUCUUUCCUGGUAAUUUCGUCCAAUAUAAAGAAGUCAGGUACACUGACAGAAAUAGAAAUCGGAUGACAAACCUGUGGCAACUCUUCACAGGGAAGGCCAGCACUGGAAAAUGGUUUUACAGAGAAAGGCUACCGUCAUCUAUCAUCCAAAGAUUUGGAAUUAUCUUCGAGAAUACAAAGGGACCACCUAUCUAUAUUGUCAUCGACCAGAAUGAUCCAAAUCAAAUGCCUAGAUGGACUGAAAGUGGCCAGAAUGGGAUUGGAAGAAUGAGAGCAUUAAGUUCAGAUGACGGUAUAGAAGAAACUAUUGCAUCUGUAUCCACGAGGCUCUUGGGAUGUUUGAGAUCCUCCUAUGUAAUUCUUGAUCUCACAAGGAGAGUCGCUCUAGGGAUACUAUCUGGAGUUCACUCGUCAAGAGGGACAAACCAAAAUCUUUAUGCACUUAUAAUUACUCUGGUGCAAGUCCUGUUUCUUUUUACUUUAAAACCACAUAUUAGAAGGGUAGUACAUGUGGUAGAGACCAUAUCCCUACUAUGUGAGGCAGGAGUUUUCGGACUAGCUAUCAUUACUAGCAGAACAGAUGCAGGGGACAAGAGCACUGUAGGGUACAUAAUGUUGGCAUUCUUCUGUAUUGCCUUCAUCUCUCAGAUUAUAAAUCAGUGGUACACCAUCAUAAAAUCUCUUUUAAAAUUCUCACAGCCUCAGCAGGACUCGUUCAGAGCAGGCCUGAAACUUGCCAUUAAAGGUCUACUCCUACCUCUCCUCCCAAGGAAAUGCUGGUCAAGAUUUUUACCUGGAUCAAAAGCAGACCACGAAUUAAGAGAUACCAGACCACAUAAUGUCAAUCCAUUAGGCGCCAUGACAGCAAUGGUGGCACCUGUACUCAGUCCUGGCCCCCCUGGUCUAAGUCUUGAUCCAGUGAUGAAUUUUGGAGAUUCAGAAAAUUUGAACACUAAUGGUGAUCAAAAUCGCCUAAAAGGUAUACUACAUUUUGAGCGAAAGAAUGAAAUGAAAAGACUGAGGGAGUUGGCUAAAGCUAGUUUCUCAGGGGGAUCAAAAUUUGAAGAUGGUACUAGCUAUGGCUUUAGAUCAUGACUGGAAAUCUUCCAAGUAGGCUAGUAUUUGUAUCAUGUUACUUGUUACAGUUUAACCUGGUAGAACGUUGAGUUCAUCUCCACCCAUUAUACAGUUUUCUGUUUAGGAACAUAUCGUUUAUAUAUAUAUACUUUGAUGGUGC